AUGCAUUCUUUUUCUUUUCUUCUUCCAGGAACAAUAGCGCCAUUGAAUCGUUUAAGAACAAUAUUUGCAUUUGUCGCUGCUGUUGCCUUGUUCGUUUUUGGUGUGCUUGCUGCUGUUGAAGCUAAUCGUCUAUGGAGUGAAUAUCCCACUUAUCAUGAUCAUAGAAACGCCGUUAUUGCUGCUGUUAUUGCAUUUGUUGGAAUGAUUAUUUAUAUAUUAGAAGCAGUUGCAAGAAAUCGUAAAAGUCGAAUUGUUUAA